UUUCUGCCUCAUAACUUCAAGAAGAGCUCUCUUAUCUAAAACAUUUCAAGAAAAAAUGAAGAUGAUAAUCCAUGUUUUCUUCAUCAUCUCCCUCUUUUCAUCCAUCGCUUUUGCCUCUGUUCAAGACUUUUGUGUAGCUGAUCCAAAGGGUCCUCAAAGCCCAUCAGGGUACUCUUGCAAGAACCCUGACCAGGUCAACGAAAAUGACUUCGUAUUUUCAGGCCUCGGCAAAGCUGGAAACACUUCGAACAUCAUUAAAGCCGCAGUUACUCCAGCUUUUGCGCCAGCUUUCGCAGGUAUCAAUGGUCUUGGUAUCUCUAUGGCUCGUCUUGACUUAGCCGGUGGUGGUGUCAUCCCUCUUCACACUCAUCCUGGUGCUUCUGAGGUCCUUGUGGUCAUACAAGGCACUAUUUGCGCUGGAUUUAUCUCCUCUGCUAACAAAGUUUACUUGAAGACACUAAACAGAGGCGAUACAAUGGUGUUUCCUCAAGGGCUUCUUCAUUUUCAGCUUAACUCUGGUAAAGGCCCUGCCUUGGCCUUUGUCGCCUUCGGAAGCCCCUCCCCGNUACGUGCAAGGAAAACACAAGGACUUCAGGAUUUUUAA